AUGCACCAGUGCCCAUACUGUAAAUAUUCCACCGUUAGGAAAGACCACAUAACAAAGCACAUUCGUACGCACACUGGAGAGAAACCUUUUACAUGUGCAUACUGUAACUACAGUGCUGCAUCAAAAGACAACUUGAAGUUACAUGUUCGCACCCACACUGGUGAGAAGCCAUUUAACUGUCCCUACUGUCCCUUUCGUGCUUCUCGGAAGGAUAGUCUUCAAGUUCACAUUCGUAUUCAUACUGGAGAGAAGCCAUACACUUGUUCUAAAUGUCCAUACCGUUCCUCUCAGAGGAAUGCAUUAGUUUGUCAUAUGCUGAAACAUCAGACAUAG